CACUGACAUCAUCGCACCGCUCCCUGCAGUUAUAAAAGACACCAGGUCCAUAUUACGUUGUAUUCAGUUUUCCCCAUUACACAAACAUUACAUUAUGUGGUUCACGCACGAUUCUGAAGAGUCUAAAGCACACUCGGAGGUGACUGGCGGACACAGCGCCAAACUGAGCCAUGAGCUCAUUGCCGCUGCUGCGUCAUACGAGGCUGCAAAAGCGUACGAGAAACAUGUCCAGAAGAACGGAAAACCCGCAAACCAUGCGAAGGCCGUGGAGCUGCUUGCGGGACUGACGGGUGGCUUUGUUGACCGCAUUGCAGAGACCAAGGGAAUGGACGCACUUGAUAAGGAAAAAGCCAAGCAUGCAGCACAUGAACGCGCUAAAAGCUCCCUCGAGAAACAUGGAGAAUUUUGAAUCAGCCAUAGUGGCAGUUGAAUGCACACGACGGACUGGGUAGCACGAUGUACAAUAUAGCUUAAAUUUAUCGCUUAGUGGAUCGAAUUCCAGGAUGUGUAACCUAAGUAUGGCUUGCAGUAUC